AUGGCUCUUGAUGCCCGGCUGAUGCCAUCCGGAACCCCUGAGCGCCAGGUCCGUUCCUCCGCCUCGACGCCUUCGCUUCGCUCCAGGGAUGGGAGUGUGCCUCUCCUGUCCAGGAUGGAUGGAGGAGGAAACGUGAGGGUCGUUGUCCGCGUGCGGGCCUUUUUGCAGAGAGAGCUCGACCGACAGGCGAGAUGCUUGAUUCAAAUGGAUCCCGUGACACAGCUCACCACCUUGCGAGCCCCAGAUCAAGACACGGUCGAUAGUCCAAUACCCAAGUCGCGAAGGGUCAUUGAGGACAAGAAGUUCACCUUUGACAACUCGUUUUGGAGCCACAAUCUCAAGGAUGCCCACUAUGCCCACCAGGAAGAUGUGUACAACAGCCUAGGCGAAGAGUUCCUCGACCACAACUUUGAGGGCUACCACACUUGCAUCUUUGCCUAUGGCCAGACGGGGUCGGGAAAGAGUUACACAAUGAUGGGAACGCCUGACCAGCCCGGUCUCAUCCCACGGACUUGCGAGGACCUUUUUGAGCGCAUCGAGGCUGCGCAGAACGAAAACUCCAACAUCGCCUACAACGUCCGGGUUUCGUAUUUCGAGGUCUACAACGAACACGUCCGUGACUUGCUGGUCCCCGUGAACCCCAACGCCCCUCCCAACUACCUCAAGAUUCGGGAGUCGCCGACCGAGGGACCGUAUGUCAAGGACCUGACCGAGGUCCCUGUGCGGAGCAUCAAGGAGAUUCUGAGUUAUAUGAAAAACGGCGACCAGUCUCGGACGACGGCAAGCACAAAGAUGAAUGAUACCAGCAGUCGGAGUCACGCGGUCUUCACAAUCAUGCUGAAGCAGAUUCACCACGACAUGGAGACGGACGAGACAACGGAACGUAGCUCCCGCAUUCGCCUGGUCGAUUUGGCGGGCAGUGAGAGGGCAAAGUCGACAGAGGCCACCGGUGCUCGACUUCGUGAGGGCAGCAACAUCAACAAGUCCCUCACGACACUUGGGCGAGUGAUUGCUGCGCUGGCCGACCCAAAAGCUCUGAGAUCUGGCAAGCGCAAGGACAUCGUGCCAUACCGAGACUCCAUCCUUACAUGGUUGUUGAAGGACUCGCUGGGCGGCAACAGCAAGACAGCAAUGAUUGCUUGCAUAGCGCCGUCCGACUACGACGAGACGCUGUCCACACUCCGAUACGCCGACCAGGCCAAGCGCAUCCGCACACGUGCCGUUGUCAACCAGGACCAGAUCUCGACCGCAGAGAGAGACGCUCAGAUUGCCGCCAUGGCCGAGGAAAUCCGAAAGCUGCAACUGUCAGUGUCUGAUUCUCGGCAGCGAGAGAAGAACGCCAAGGAAGCCGAGGAGAGGCUCGAAGAAUAUCAGACGCGCGUCACCGCCAUGCAGCGCAUGAUGGAAGAACGCAGCAUGGUGGCUGAGAGCAAGAUCAAGAAGCUGCAGACGGAAAACGAGGCUUUGAAGCUGCAUCUCAAGCUGGCCAUUGAGAGUCUCAAGAACCCUAUUCCUGCAGUCAGCAUCAAGCCCCAACCAGCGGGAGAGGCCGAGAGGGAGAAUUUGGACGAGUAUUCAGACGACGACGACGAGGACAACCAGUACCGUGACGACGAGUACGACACGGAAAGCACGGCGGGGGGUGAUGAGUUGCAGGAAGAGAUGCACCGAUACCUUCAGGACAUGGGGAACCUGAGAAGGCUCAUCGGGGGGGAUUUGUCACGGUUCGAGAACGAGAGGAGCGUUCGCAUGCCGCUGGGAGUUGGGGAGACUGUAUGA